AUGCGCUACGAGAACUGGGAUGUGCUACUCUUCUCCGCCGAAUCCAAGGCUCCGAUUCAGGAAUUCAAAACCCAGUGCUUUGUCACAAAGGACCUCGAUUCGCCUUAUCUCAAAUAUCACUCGACGUUCGGUGCAGCAAAUACCUACUUCUAUCCUCACCUUGGCAAUGUCGGCCAGCUACCAAUUCUUACAACUUUCAUCCCCAGCGUACCCAAGGACACCGGGUUUCGAGUAUCGAUUCAUAAUUGGGAGAAGCCUCGGCCGAGCCGUCUGAUUGAAAGUGUCAUGCAACCGGAUGAUAUGUUGCUCUACGAGGCUAGGGUGUACGUUGACGGAGAUUGUGUCGGAGGCGGUAUAUUCUCGCAACGGGCGGAUUGGCCUUACCUUAUAAAUCUUAGUUCUCAAAUGGAUCGAGACGGCAAUCAAGACGUCCUGCGCUUCCCUCCAUUCCAUCCAGACAUCCUGGAACAACGGCACUGGGAUGCUGGUGAUUCGUACGGCAGAAUUAAGAUCGUUCUCGCAGAGGGUUUUUCCCGUCCCCAUCGCUCGCCGCCGUUCGAAAGAGUCAAAGACGUCGUUGUCCUUGCGUUCCAGCAUGCUCCACUGAAUAUCCUCGAGUAUUCAAACAUCGCCUGGCCAAACCCCAGCAUGUGGCAUCGUCCGCGCGCAUCAUUCAAAUACGGCUCAAUCUCGAUCGACAAAGACGCAGAGGGCCACGGCCAUAACACCCCUACCAAGGAAUCUCGUGUUCCUUUGCAGCCUAUCCACGGCCAGGUUGUUCCCAGAGCUGUGCCCCCGCCGACAUUCUAUACCAACUGGACUACGAGCAGUAUCUUUGACGCUCCAAUCUCCCACUGGCCUGCAUAUAAUCCAAACGAUCCUCGGUGGGAUAUCGGUCAGGAGAACGAUAUUUUUACCACUGAGCCUGAUCCUGCCUGGCGGUAUCGUGCCGCCCGUUCAUCCCGUGAAGAUUUACCAGCGGAUCCCACCUGGCAACACCGGGGUGCCCGUGCCUCCCGCGACGAUAUCCCGAUGCUCGACUACAGCUCUUCGAAUAGCCGUGCUAUAUCCAGUGUUACCGGGAUGAGUUUCGAACACAGCAAACAACCAAGCAUGGCAACUCUCAUGGACGAAGAAGAAUUCAGUGUCCUGCAGGAAUCGGUGACGCUCAGCAGCCCGAGUACCAUUGUGAAGAGCCGAAAGGAGAAGAUUAGCUCAAUUGGAAAGGGAAUCAGCAAAUGUGAUGAGAAUGAAAAUGGCAAAGGGACUGAGAAUGUGGUCGAAACCGCGAUUGAGAAGGUGGACAACAAGGUGACUCCCAAGAAGGUCUAA